UGCUACAUUACUAAUGAUUAAUGUAGCAACAAGGUUUGGAAUUGGGGGUUAAAUCACCAAAAAUGAUUCCCGGGCUCCCCUCACUUCCCAGGGGGUGAUCAAGGGUGAUGGGUCAAAUGCAGAGAAUAAUUUCGCCACACCAUGUGUGACAAUCAUUGGUACUUUAACUUUGACUUUUAACUAUAGCUGAAAAAAAUAGUGCAAUAGCAAUAGGAGAGACUAUUCAUCCCUGAACACUAUGGAGUUCAUGUAGGCUUAAUGAUGCAGUUACAUUAUUAUAUCAACUAUCAGAGACAGAAACUCUUUAUUUAAUAUGUGGCUUGUGCAGCCCUUUGAGACACUUGUGAUUUAGGGCUAUAUAAAUAAACAUUGAUUGAUUGAAUAUAAUGUCCUUUUUUGCUGCUUCAACACAGAAAAAGGUCAAGUGUAAUAACUUAGUUGUUAACUGUAGGUCAAUAAUGCUUGUCUUUGUCUCAGACAGACAGGGCUUUGCUGUCCGUAACACACACGCACGCACGCACACACACUCCGCAAAAUGAGCUAACAUUACGCUAAAAGGUAAAUAGCCUUCACCUAAAGGAUUAUAUUUCUAGAACGUCAAUGGGCUCACUGCUGAUUGGCUGUUACAUGCGCUCUGAAUACGCACUGCUGAUUGGCUGUUACAUGCGCUCUGAAUACGCACUGCUGAUUGGCUGUUACAUGCGCUCUGAAUACACACUGCUGAUUGGCCGUUACCGCUCUGCGUGGAACCAAUCAGAUGGUUGUGUGGGUAGGACAAUGCUGGGUGCUGUGUAGAGUACUGACAGAGGCAGAGGUAGAACGAAGCGUAGCAGCUUGUUUCGACUUUAGUUUAGCACCAAAUGAUAAUAUAAAUACAUUUAAUAAAGUCAAAUACAAAUAAGGCAACAAGAGCAGUAUCCUACACUUCUCUUUUGUUAAGUAAAUCUGAACAGCCGAUAUGGGCAUCUACAUCAACUAUAUGAUUUGCCUGAGAAGCAGGACAGGACAAAAAAAUAAAAAAUAAAAUAAAAAUAUAUAUAUAUUAAAAAUAAUAAAAAAAGACUUUAGUUUAGGCGGUGGCUCUUUGUUGUUAAGGCGGCCGCCUUAACAACAAAGCGCUGCGGGAAACCCUGUGUUGUUUUGAUAUGUCAUCUUAGUGACAUCAUGCACAAAAGUGCACUAAUAGCUUGUUUUAAAAUGUCUCUGACAAUCUUGCACUUUCUGUUUGGAAAUGACAUGAAUGUUUGUGCCACUGCUUAAUAACUGUUAAAUAAAUACACUUUUGGUAAAUUAACUAAGUUGUGAUUUCCCUCUCUGCAUGGAAGUUUAAAAUGAGAAUAUAUUAAUGCAGUAUGAAGAAGAAUGUUUUAAUGUAGACAUGUAGAAUCAUCAUACUGCUGUGAUUAUAUGCAUCAAGUGUUCAUUCAAGGCUAAGGCAAAAUAUCCAGAUAUAUAUCGUGUAUCGUGACAUGGCCUAAAAAUAUAGAGAUAUUAAAAAAAGGCCAUAUCGCCCAGCCCUAAUAUAUGUAUACUAUAUAUAUUUUAUCGAACACAUUUUUUAUUGAUAUCAAUUACGUGUCUAUCGCGAUAUAUAUUGACUUUGUUUUAUUGCCCAGCCCUACUGUACAUUUGUUAAAGUAAUUACUUGGCUGUCGUCAUGGUUACAUGAAAUGCAGCAGGUGUCCCCGAGUGUCUCAAGUGGACUGAGGCUGCAGGCCAAGGUCCCGACAUUGCGUUGCCAUGGAAGCCAAGCCCGGGACCGCCGCUGUGUGGAGUCAGUCCGCCAGUACGGAAUCAGCCGAGGCGACACAGGUGCAUUUUGAAGGCGGCGCAGUCGCGCAGAUAGUGUACAGCGGAGGCAGCGGAGGUCAGGCGGAGGGGGGUCCGCAGCAGCAGGUGGUCUACACGGCGGACGGCAGCUCGUACACCUCAGUGGAGUCUUCCGAGCACACGCUGGUGUACAUCCACCCCGCAGAUGGCACGCAGGCCGUGUUUGCCGACCAGCCUCAAGUGGCGUACAUCCAGCAGGACGGCACCACCCAGCAGGUCGCCGUUUUGCUGCCAAGCGGGCAAAACAUGAACGCCGCCAGUCUGCACGUGCUCAGCAACGUGGCCGAGGCUCCGCCGGCCGCGCUGGAGCCGGUGUCCCAGGAGCGUCUGUCCGUAUCCAAUUCGCUCUCCGACAUUGCGGACCCCCCGUCCAGCCCACUUGGAGCCAUGGACACCACGGACGACACGGAUGAAGACGACGACGAGGACUCUGAGAUGGACGACUGGGAGCCUCGUCAGCCCUUCAACCCUCACAGCCUCUGGUGCGAGGAGUGCAACAACGCCAACCCCACAGAUUGUAUGGACCACGGCCCCCUGCACCCGGUCCCCAACAGGCCGGUUAUGUCCAGGGCCCGGGCCAGCCUGCCCCUCAUGCUCUACAUCGAUCGCUUCCUGGGCGGGGUCUUCUCCAAGAGACGCAUCCCCAAGCGCACCCAGUUUGGCCCUGUGGAGGGACCCCUGGUUCCUGAGAGCGAGCUGCAGGACAACUACAUCCAUCUGAAACUUAGCAUGUUGGACGCAGAGAAAGACGGAGAAAAGUCCGAGCACACGUGGUUGGACCUCUCGGACGAGGAGAGCUGUAACUGGAUGAUGUUCGUGCGGCCCGCCGAGAACCACCUGGAGCAGAACCUGGUGGCGUAUCAGUACGGCGCCGAGAUCUUCUACACCUCCAUCAAGAACAUCGAACCCAAACAUGAGCUCAAGGUGUGGUAUGCAGCAUCCUACGCAGAGUUUGUCAACCAGAAGAUCCACAGCGUUACGGAGGAAGAGAGGAAAGUUCUGCGGGAGCAGGAGAAGAACUGGCCUUGUUACGAGUGCAGCCGGCGCUUUGUGAGCUCCGAGCAACUUCAGCAGCAUCUCAACCUGCACGAUAAAAUGAUCCAGUCUGUCAGCAGGUCUAGAGGUCGCAGCCGGGGGAGAGGCAGGAGGCGGUUUGGGACGGGAAGGAGACCGGGACGUCCGCCUAAAUUCAUACGUCUGGAUGCCACAAUAGAAGACGAUGCGGACAAGAUGACUCAGGAGAUGCUGGAGCUGGCGGAGGCACAGCCGCUGGAAGAUCCCGCUGAGGCGGCCCAGAACGGCGUGGAGGUGAUUGUGUCCGAACCCGACACGGAAGCGGAGGGACAGAUGACGUCGGAUGCCGGCGAGCCCUCCGCCGCCCAGCCCUCCGGCGUGGACCUGAGCGUGCCCGUGAAGGAGGACCCCACACAGAGCGACCAGUCGGACGCUCAGCUCUCAUCUCAGGACGUGCGGCGCGUAAAAAGGAUACGGAACGCGGCGCUGCAGCAUCACUUCGUCCGGAAGAGCUUCCGUCCCUUCAAGUGCAAACACUGCGACAAGGCCUUCCGCGACAAGGACAAGCUGGACCAGCACCUGCGGGUCCACGGCCGCGACACCUUCGUCUUCCCCUGCCACCUGUGCAGCAAGACCUUCAUGAACGACACGGCCCUGGACGACCACCUGCUGGUGCACACGGAGACCCGCACGUACUCUUGUCUCUUGUGCGCCCAGACCUUCGAGCGGCUGGACUCGCUCCGAGACCACAUCGAGGUGCACGCCGUGGACGGGACCUUCACCUGCCCGUCCUGCAAGAAGACCUUUUCCGACUUUAUCCAGGUGAAGAAGCACAUCCGCUGUUUCCAUUCGGAGAAGAUUUUCCAGUGCCCGAGCUGCGAAAAAGCCUUCUGUCGGCCAGACAAGCUGCGGCUACACAUGCUGCGCCACUCUGAUCGCAGGGACUUCCUGUGCUCGACGUGCGGCAAGCAGUUCAAGAGGAAGGAUAAGCUGCGGGAGCACAUGCAGCGUAUGCACAAUCCCGAGCGGGAGGCCAAAAAGGCCGAACGCAUCCUCCGCUCCAAGAGCCUCAAACUGAAGGCCCCCACGUCCGACUUUGAGAGCUUUAUGUUCAAAUGCAGGCUAUGCAUGAUGGGAUUCCGACGCAGAGGAAUGCUGGUCAAUCAUUUGUCCAAGCGUCACCCUGAGAUGCAUGUGAAUGACGUCCCUGAGCUGACGUUGCCCAUCAUCAAGCCCAACAGGGACUACUUUUGCCAGUACUGUGACAAGGUGUAUAAGAGCGCCAGCAAGAGGAAGUCGCACAUACUGAAGAACCACCCGGGGGCGGAGUUGCCCCCCAGCAUCCGCAAGCUGCGCCCGGCUGCCCCCGGCGAGCCCGACCCGAUGCUGACCACGCACACGCAGCUGGCCGGCACCAUCGCCUACGCGCCGGUCUGCUGCCCACACUGCGCCAAACAGUACAGCAGCAAGACUAAGAUGGUGCAGCACAUCAGGAAGAAACACCCAGAGUUUGCCCAGCUCGCCAACACCAUCCAAGCUCCUCUGGCGACGGCCGUCAUCAGCAGCGCUCCCGCCGUCAUCAGUGCAGACGGCACCACCGCCGAGGCUGUCGUGACCACCGACUUGUUGACGCAGGCCAUGACGGAGCUCUCGCAGACGCUCACCGCAGACUACAGGACGGCGCAGGGAGACUACCAGAGGAUCCAGUACAUCCCCGUGUCCCAGGCCGGAGGAGGCCUGUCCCAACCGCAGCACAUACAGCUGCAGGUAGUCCAGGUGGCGCCGGCUUCCUCCCCUCAUUCCCAGCAGUCGGCCCCGGAUGGGGGCCCGCUGCAUGACCCGCAUGGCUACAGCCAGCACUCCAUCCAGGUGCAGCACAUCCAAGUCAGUGAGCCCUCAGGAUCUGCACAAGGUGUCACGCAGCCUCUCAGCCCCAACUCCCAACAGACCAAUCAGGAGCUGAGCCCUGCCCAGAACCACAGCCUCCAGGGCGGCAGCAGCAGCAGCAGCAGUGCUCAGCAGCAGCAGCAGCAGGGGGCGGUGCAGCACGCCUACAUACCCGGCAACUGGAACUACAGAAGCUACCCCUCAGAGAUCCAGAUGAUGGCCCUGCCUCACGCGCAGUACGUCAUCGCUGAGGCCACCGCGCCGGUCACCGGAGCCAACGGUAACCAAGUGAAAACGGCGCACUACGUCAUCUCUGACUCGGAGCCGGACACAAAGCCGUCGGCUGCUCCGAGCUCGGGUCAGAACCACGGCGACCACCUGGAGCAGCCGAGCGGCCAGCCAGCCACCACGCAGUACAUCAUCACCACCACCACCAACGGCAGCGACGCUAGCGAGGUCCACAUCGCCAAACCCUGAACCUCCAUCACCGCUCCCGCGCGCCGACCUCGGCAGUUUUUUACGCAAGUGGACACUUUGGGGGGGGGGGGGAACAAAAAAAAACUCGAUGAGUUUAGAGAAGAAAAUGAAGGCCAGCACAGUUUUAUGUGUUAAUGUCGUGGUCACAUGCUGCUAGCAAACUUACUGACACAUAUCACGGAUCUUGCCAAGUCAUCCUUUCUAACAAUUGCCAUGGACAUAUCUGGGAUAUGGUGGACAAUCUUGCCGAGUCAUCAUUUUGAACAUCUCCGCAGUACCUUUUGUACACCAAAACUGUGAGAGAAGAUGAGAAUCUUAAAGCGCUAAUAAUGCAGUCGCCAUGUUUUCCCCGCUACAUUUGCUAAUCAUGAUUUCUUUUUAAUUCGUGUCCCAACCACAGGGCGUGUGUUUUCCUAGUAAAACGUGUCCGUAUAAAUAUUUUAUUAUA